CAGGCAGACGACCCAGACGCGUCCCAAAAUAUCUCCGCUGCGCAAAUUCGAGAUGACUACGAGCGACGGGUUGAUGAGGCUGCCCGACAGGAAAUAGAAGAAGAGGAACAAGCACAGGAUGAGGAUGGAGAUGAAGACUACCAAGAGGAAGCAGCCGAACCGGAACCCGAACCAGAGUCUCCAGAACAAGAGGCCCGGAAGCGAAAGCGAGAACGUGCCAUCGAGAAGCUCAAGAAUAGCAAGGAAUUCUCCCGUCGCAAGAAGAAUCGUCGAAUUGCGGAUGAUGAGAAUGAUGAUGAGUUAGCCGAUGAGAUGUUGAAAGAGAAAGAGCGGCCAGCUCCAGGUCAGCUUGCACACUGUGAGAUGUGUGGAAAGCGGUUUACAGUCACAGCCUACAGUAAAGCAGGACCGCUUGGUGGUCUUCUCUGUCCUGACUGUUCCAAAAAACAUACUGGCAAAGACAAGAAAGAUGCGCCCAAAAGACGAGGCCCGGGAAUCAACCGUCGUCAGAACCGAAGCAAAAUCCUGGAUGGAGUGGUUCAGCUUGGUGCUCGAAGCUUGAUGGAGAUGUGCAUUAAAAAAAUCGCGGACAACAUUGAUGACGUGGAAGGAUUUGGAGACCUCCCUCCACCAGUGAUGCGUCGUCUAAGCCAAAUUCUAUCCCGAAACCGAGCCAUCACACCAUUGAUUUUGGAUCUUUUCUUAAAACCUCACGCCAGAGAACUCGAUAUCUUUGACUGUGCUAAGUUAGAGACCAAGGAUUUCCAUAAAAUUCUCGCGACUAUGCAGUCAUUGACUCGAUUAGAUCUUCGCUUUGUGACACAGAUGAAAGAUGAAGUUUUUGAUUACAUGAUCGCCCGUGAGAUGAAGAUCCAGGAGCUACACCUGGACGCACCCAGCCUCGUAACUAGCCCUUGUUGGCAGAAAGUAUUCGCAAGUUUGGGGCCUCACUUGAAGAGCCUGAAGCUUUGGAAUCUUGAAGCUCGCUUUGAUGACGAAACCUUUGAAGCCGUGAGCAAAAACUGCACAAAUCUUGAGCGCCUAAAGUUGAAGAAUCUCGGGCAUAUCGGUGAUAAAACGUUGGAGGCGAUAUCCACAUUGAAGCACUUGGAGUAUCUAUCCUUGCAUCUCACCCAAGAGUCAAGCCCCGAGCCUCUUUUGCAAAUAAUCGCUGAACUAGGAUCUCAACUCAGUUCACUUUCCCUGGAAGACUUUGAGAGUGCGGAUGACAGACUGGUUCAACAUAUCCACGAUCAUUGUCGCAAGCUGUUUAAAUUGCGAAUUAGUCAUAACGCAGUGAUAACCGAUAAAGCCAUGGCUGCACUCUUCCGAGACUGGUCAAAUCCAGCUUUGAGAUUUGUGGAUUUCAACAGCCUCCGAGAUGUUGACAUGGAUAACCAUGCUGGCCCUGAAGAACCCGUUGGCCUUGCAUCCGAUGGCUUUGUUGCUCUGAUGGCUCAUUCGGGUAGCGAGAUCACCACCUUGAAUGUUAGCUCAUGUCGCCACAUAUCUCGCGCUGCAUUUGAAGAAGUGUUCGCAUCAGACAAACAAUACCCCCACCUUAUCUCCCUCGAUGUCUCUCUCAAUGAAAUUAUCGAUGACUUCAUUACACAUAGCAUUUUUCGAUGCUGUCCGGCUUUGAAGAAACUAGUCGUUUUCGGCUGUUUCAAGAUUCGUGAUAUCAAGAUACCCAGAGGUGUGGCUGUUAUCGGCACUGUAGGUGCUAAGCUGACAAGCGAUGGGGUUGCUCAGCAAGAGCUCGUCCGAUCUUGA